GUUGCUCCUCCCUCGUGUCUGCGGGGAAUUCAAACGAAAAUUUAACACUUGAAAUAUAUAUUUGCAUCACUUAGAAGGGUGCAAAACGUGACAUAGGGAGAAUUAGAGAACUCAAGAACACUCAGAUUGUAGAAGGAGGGUAUCUAGAUGGUGUUUUAACGUCGGAAUUAUAACUUUUCAUUGUGAUAAGUAACAAUGGCUCAAAAUACGUCACUUGAGAAGCCGAUAUUGCAUGUGGAAAUCCUUCAGAGGAGAAGAAGUGUAAUGGCCAAAGAUGUAAUCAUGCAUGAAGUAGACACCGUGCUGAAAAAUAUGGGUAAGACCUAUGUAGAUUCCCAUAUCAAAGAGUUCCCCAACAGUGGGCUCCAAGAACAUAUUCUUCAUAUCAAGAUAUGUGAAGUGCAAGAUAAUGCAGAUGUAAAGGAAGUAGAAUUGUCUAAUGUCAUGCCCAGAUAUUAUGUGUACCAGCUGGAAUGUGAUGGUCCAGGGAUUGAAGAACUUAAUGAGGGAGAGGAAGAAAUUCCAGCUGCCACUUACUGGAUCUUGCCUGCUGCAGAGUUUGAUAACUAUUGGGAGAACCUAGUGUUUGAUACAAACAUCAAAGAAGAACUCCUGAACUACAUUCGCACAACACUGCUCUUCUCUGACAGGAAAAUCUGUGAGAGUAUCAUUAGUUGGAACAAAGUUGUGUUGCUUCAUGGACCCCCAGGAACUGGGAAAACUACCUUGAGUAAAGCACUGGCUCAAAAACUAAGUAUCCGCCUCGAACCACGCUACAAAUAUGCCCAACUUGUUGAAAUCAAUUCACACUCACUCUUCUCAAAGUGGUUUUCUGAGAGUGGUAAGUUGGUGCAGAAGAUGUUCACCAAGAUUACAGAGAUGGUUGAGGAUCCCCAGUCACUUGUUUUAGUGCUUAUUGAUGAGGUUGAGAGUUUGACAUGCUCCAGAGCCUCCUGUUCAAAUGGUACUGAGCCUAGUGAUGCUGUUCGGGUCGUUAAUGCUGUGCUGACUCAGUUAGAUCAGCUUAAAAAAUACCCCAAUUGCCUCAUUCUGACCACCUCCAACAUCACUGGCACUAUUGACUUGGCCUUUGUCGAUCGUGCAGACAUCAAACAGUACCUAGGUCUUCCCUCCAAAGGUGCUAUCUACCAGAUUUACCACUCUUGCAUCCUUGAGUUGGAGAGGACUGGCAUCAUUGUUGACAGUGAAAGACUCUUCACUCUGAAGGAAUUAACGUUAAUCAAAAUGGCUGAGACUAAAGCAACACAACCAUCACUACUAUUGAUGAAGAUUGCUGAGCAGAGCCAAGGUCUAAGCGGGCGAACACUGAGAAAAAUACCCUUUUUAGCGCAUGCCCUACACGUCCACACACCACGGGUUUCACUUUACGACUUCCUCUUUGCUAUGGAGAAAGCAGGUACAGAAGCAGCUGAAGGAUAGAGAGAAAAUGUCUACUUAGCCGGCAAAGAAGCUGUUGAUUAUUUUUUCUAGGAAUGAUAUUUAUUUUAGUGUACAUAGUAUUUAUUUUUUUCAAAUGUAUGAACUGUGCAACACUGAAGGAAGGAGAUACUUCUACAAAGUGCAUUAUUUAGAUUAAUUUCUCUUGAAUUUUUAUUGAAGUAUCCCUGAGAGAUCUUCCAUAUUAACUUUUCCUGAUCUUAUAAAAAUAAACAAUUUUCAUUUGU